UUAUCAUUAUUGCAUGAGCCCUCGACGGGGGGGCACUUGUCCGGGGGGCUACUCGGUGGUAGCUCGGUGGGUGUCCUAUAGCGUAGUAGUGUGUGAACAACGCUCUCGUUGUGCUGGAUUGUCAUCUGGUUUUACGCUUUCUGCCAAAUACGUGUCCUGUUUUGAAGUAAACAAGGGUGUUUACUGUUGACAUCUAAACGAGACACACGGACUGAUACCGCAGUUCUGCUCUCGAUGGCUCACGUAGGAAAGAGUGGGUCCAUGCACUCAGCUAACCUGCCGCCACCGAGAAACCAACAUGCCUUAUGGAAUAUUCAGCUGGAACCACCGCCGUUCCAGAUAAGUCCAUGUUUACAUUCCCACCGUUCUCCUUGCCACCACUAAGCACCUAAGGAGCUGCUCUAUACCAUCGCUCCUGGUCCCUUUCCAAAGUGCACCAUUUGUCCGUCGACACGCACUGCGACUCACUUUGUCCUUAAAGCAAAGUCCCUCGCCCUGACUCUACGCUGGCACGUGUCCCACCGCCUACCAUGAGAUUCAGGAUCUACAAGAGGAAGGUGGUGAUUCUGACUGUGGUGGUGGUCGUCUGUGGCCUUGCUUUCUGGAGCAGUGGGAGGCAGAAGAAGACCCACGACAGCAGCAGCAGCAGCAACGAUGACGACGACGGUGGUCCAGCGAUCCCCAAGGAAGUAGAGGCUGUACGGAAGAGUAGCAGCAGCAGCAGCAGCAGCAGCAGCAGUAGCAGUAGUAAUAGCGUUAGCAUUAGCAACAGCAACAACAACCCCCAGGCACAGGCUACCCCCACCGUGAGCCGCCCGCCCGCGCUAGCUCCCGUCGUCGUUCAAGCCAAUGAGAGCCAUGUGGAGAAAGACAAGGACAAAGGGAAAGCCUCGAGGCCGGACACAGACAACACCACCAUGGUGUACCGGGGCAUCGUCUUCCAGCUCAACUUUGACCAGACGAUAAGGAACGAGGAGAAGUUUAAGGCGGCCCGCAAAAAGGGCAACGUGGUCGUGGUGGUUCAGGUCCACAACCGGCCGGACUACCUUAAGCUCCUGAUUGAGAGUUUGCGGAAGGCGGAGGGGGUGGAGGGCAUACUGCUGAUAUUCAGCCACGACGUCUGGUCCCCGGAGAUCAACCAGGUGGUGGCCUCGGUGGACUUCUGCCAGGUCCUGCAGAUCUUCUUCCCCUUCAGCAUCCAGCUGUACCCGCAGGAGUUCCCGGGCAAGGACCCCCGGGACUGCCCGAGAGACAUUUCGAAGAAGGACGCCUUGACGCUGGGCUGCAUCAACGCCGAGUACCCCGACUCGUUCGGCCACUACCGCGAGGCCAAGUUCUCCCAGACCAAGCAUCACUGGUGGUGGAAGCUGCACUUUGUGUGGGACCGGGUGCGCUCCCUCAAGGACCACACCGGCAUGGUCCUGCUCAUCGAGGAGGACCACUACCUGGCGCCGGACUUCCUGCACCUCCUGAGGCUGAUGAGCGCGCUGAAGGAGGAGCAGUACUCGGAAUGCGACGUCCUCUCGCUGGGCAGCUACAGCCACAUCGGCUUCUCCAGCAAGGCGAACAAGGUGGAGGUGAAGGUGUGGAAGUCGACUGAGCACAACAUGGGCAUGGCGCUGAACCGCGACGCCUACCAGAAGCUGGUGCGCUGCACGGACGACUUCUGCACCUACGACGACUACAACUGGGACUGGUCCCUGCAGCACCUGACGGUGUCGUGCCUGGCCACCUACUGGAAGGUGAUGGUGGCCGAGGCGCCACGCGUCUUCCACGCCGGCGACUGCGGCAUGCACCACAAGAAGGCCGCCUGCAUGCCCGCCAACCAGAAGACCAAGAUAGAGAACAUUCUGCAGAGUACCUCCAACCAGCUGUUCCCCAAGAACCUGCUGAUCACUAAGAGGCUGCCCGCCAACGGGGCCGGCGGAGUGGCCCCGCACGUCAAGAACGGGGGCUGGGGUGACAUUAGGGACCAUGAACUCUGCAAGAGUUACCUUAGAUUACAGUGACCUUAUUACGAUUCUUGUUAUUAUUGUUAUUAUAUAUAUAUUGCUAUCUCUCUUUUGCAUCCUCUUUAAAGAAAAGAAAGCCUUUUAAAAAGAAAUCUUUAUGGACUAUUCUUCAUAUUGCCUGUUUUACUGGACUGUUGGAAAUAAAAGAAAAAGAAUGUUG